AUGAUCUUGGCGAUUUCAGCAAGUGCUGUGAAGUGUUUCUUGAGUUUCUUGGUUGCCGUGUACUUUCUGUAUGGUUUACCUUAUUACAAGACUUUUAUCAAUUCGUUGGUGUUUGGAUGUUUGUGUGGUAAAACGUUGGGAUGCCUUGGACCGAUCAUGGCCUCUGCUUUGAUGAGAAAUAUCAUUCAGCAACAAGAGCAACAACAAGAAUACAUUUCUCAGUUGGGAGGAAUCAUCACAGGAGUCACAAUCGCUCUGCAAGCUUUGGGAUUUGUUUUGGGAACUUUGAGUUGUGAAUUGUAUUUGAGAUUUGGAGUGUUAAAUGCGGUCAAAAGAUUUAUGACUCAUCAUCUCACAGACAAACACUCUGCCAUUCAAAUUUACAACACCUUUCAAGAAAACAAAUCCAUGAGAAAGCUCAUUCUCUUUUAA